GCGGAGCGGCUGGGUGUGAGUGAGUGUGUGGAUGUGAGUGUGUGAGUGUGUGUGUGGGAACGAGUGAGUGUGGGAGUGGGCGUGAGGGCGAGCCCGAGCGACCGCGAGGCUGUGAGAAAGUGGGCGAGUGUGCGAGUGCGCCCGGCCUGGCUGCGGGAGCCGCGGUGGCGGAGGAGAAAAGAGGCGGCUCCCGACCCCCUCCCCCUUCUCCUCGGACCUUCAGCCCGCCUGGCGGCCCGCGCUUCCCUCGGAGGCCCCAGCCCGGCUCUGCUGGCCAAGAUCAAGGAAGGAGCCGCCCGGGCCAGAAAGAGUUUGCAUCAAGGAGGAAAUAAUCCAGGAAAAGGAAGAAUAAGCAGAUCAAGAUGUGUAGCUCUGUGGCUGCCAAAUUGUGGUUUUUGACAGAUCGCCGAAUCAGGGAAGACUAUCCCCAAAAAGAGAUCUUACGAGCAUUAAAGGCCAAGUGUUGUGAGGAGGAGCUGGACUUUAGGGCCGUGGUGAUGGAUGAGGUAGUGCUGACAAUCGAGCAGGGAAACCUGGGUUUGCGGAUCAAUGGAGAACUAAUUACCGCGUACCCCCAAGUGGUGGUAGUGAGAGUACCAACCCCUUGGGUGCAAAGUGAUAGUGAUAUCACUGUUUUGCGUCACCUAGAGAAGAUGGGAUGCCGGUUGAUGAACCGACCUCAAGCCAUCCUGAACUGUGUUAAUAAGUUCUGGACCUUUCAAGAGUUGGCUGGCCAUGGUGUUCCUUUGCCAGAUACUUUCUCUUAUGGUGGUCAUGAAAAUUUUUCUAAAAUGAUUGAUGAAGCAGAAGUACUGGAGUUCCCGAUGGUAGUGAAGAAUACCCGAGGUCAUAGAGGUAAAGCUGUUUUCUUGGCUCGAGAUAAGCACCACUUGGCUGAUCUAAGCCAUCUUAUUCGUCAUGAAGCUCCAUACCUGUUCCAGAAGUAUGUUAAAGAGUCUCAUGGACGAGAUGUACGUGUCAUUGUUGUGGGAGGCCGUGUGGUUGGCACCAUGUUGCGUUGUUCAACAGAUGGGAGGAUGCAAAGCAACUGCUCACUAGGUGGUGUGGGGAUGAUGUGCUCAUUGAGUGAACAAGGGAAGCAGCUAGCUAUCCAGGUGUCUAAUAUCCUGGGGAUGGAUGUAUGUGGCAUUGACCUGUUGAUGAAAGAUGACGGCUCCUUCUGUGUCUGCGAGGCCAAUGCAAAUGUAGGUUUCAUCGCCUUUGAUAAGGCUUGUAAUCUAGAUGUAGCUGGUAUCAUAGCGGACUAUGCCGCCUCCCUUCUGCCCUCUGGCCGGCUCACCCGGCGUAUGUCCCUGCUCUCCGUGGUGUCCACGGCCAGUGAGACUAGUGAGCCGGAGCUGGGUCCCCCAGCCAGCACUGCUGUCGACAACAUGAGCGCAAGUUCCAGCUCUGUCGACAGCGACCCUGAAAGCACCGAGCGAGAACUGCUCACCAAGCUCCCAGGGGGCCUAUUCAACAUGAACCAGCUGCUAGCCAAUGAAAUUGAACUCCUGGUGGAGUGACUCCACUGGUAAAUAAUUAACCGACAAAACCCUGUAAAACUUUCUUUUUCUUCUUUUUUUUCUUUAUUAUUUUUUUAAACCAACUUGCAAUGCUGUUCAUGGAAUAUGCUCAGGAAGAUGAAAAUUGGGUAGGAUUAAUUAGAAGAGGGAGAUAGACAAGACCUCCACUGUUAAGAUAUUACUGACUCAUUACAAAUUACACUGAUAGGCUAGGCAGAAGAGGUGAGAUAUAGAAAAAUGUCAGGUUCUCAUAGUUACCCUUUUAAUUAAUUACUUAAAAAUGUGUGCACUCUCAGGCCAUAAAUAACAUACAAAAUUUUUUCAUGGUUCCUUGCUUUUGUUUUUGUACAGUUGGUAUAAAUUUCAGAGUGGCAUAACUACAUUGUGUGGCAAAGAUUUAUAAUGGGUGAGGAAAACAUCUAUCUAAAUUAUAGAACUUUUUAAUACAAAUCUGAAAAUUCUGCCUUUACCGUAUUGACUAGCAGCUUUAUAUUCACAGUUUAUGAAGUCUUGAGGGGCUCUUAUUGAAAUUUAUUAUUUCUGUUUUUAGUUUUUCCCUUAAUUUGAGUGGGAGGGCAAUGUGAAUAUGACCUAAUAAAGGGUUUUU